AGGGUGAAGGCCGAGGAUGUACCGAAGACUGCUUUCAGAACAAGAUAUGGUCAUUACGAGUUCGCAGUGAUGCCUUUUGGAGUGACGAAUGCUCCUGCAAUUUUCAUGGACUACAUGAAUCGUAUUAUUCAUCCGUUCUUGGACAAGUUCGUGGUGGUGUUUAUUGAUGAUAUAUUGAUCUACUCGAAGUCUGAAUAA